AUGCUGCAACAACUCCCGGGAGUACAGCAUGCGCUAGUUCUAUAAUUAAAUUCUGUCAACCCUUUCCAUUAGUUGGCAGGUUCUCCCCAGCAUUAAUUAGUUAUUACAACGCCCCACUCUGUUUAUAGCCCAUAUCCUUAUCUCUCUCAACAAUCUAUUCUAUUCAUACCAAACAAAACACGUAUUCCAUUCCUCCUUUCCCAAUUUACAUACUCUGCAAAUCUGCCAAAUCCCUCUCCAAACCCUAUUCUUCAUCUCUCCAGUGAAAUCCAAAUCAUGGAUGUAGAAAAAUCACAUGAUCCAAUAUUACAACAACAAACCCAGAAACAACAACAACAUCAAAACAGAUCAAAGAAAAGAAGAUCAUGUUGUUGCAUUGCAUCAAUAGCCAUACUUGCUUUCUUAAUAACUCUCAUUAUCAUCAUUCUAAUAUUAGCUUUCACAGUAUUCAAACCAAAAGAUCCCAAAACAGAAUUAGUCUCAGCAAAAAUUGAAGGUGUGGAGCCAAGAGUUUCAUUCCCAGCUAUUAAAAUAGAACUCAAUAUCACAGUUAGCAUUGAGCUGCUUGUUCGGAACCCUAACCAUGCCAGUUUCAGACAUGGGUUAGGAAAAAGUUUGGUUUUUUAUAAAGAUGAUCAAGUUGGUGAUGUAGAUGUUUAUCCUGGUGAAAUCCCAUCAAGAGGUUCUGAAACUAUUGAUUCUAAAUUGACACUCGAAGCUGAUAAAUUUGGGUCUGAUUUGAGUGGUUUGAUUAGUGAUGUUAUGGCUGGAGAAAUUACGAUUCAAACUAAAACUACGAUUCCUGGAAGAGUGAAAUUCUUGGGGUUUAUUAAGAAACAUGCUGUGGCAACAUCAGAUUGUCAAAUUACAAUUGGUAUUACUGAUCUUAAAGUUCGUCAACAACAGUGUCGGAAUAAAACCAAGCUCUGAUCUUCAUCAUAUUGUAGAUACUAGAUACACACAGAGAUAAUUACAUAUGAUUUCGUUGGGUUGAAGACUAAAAACUGGGUUAUCUUUUCCCGGUUUUUUAGUGUUCUUAGAAAGAUUAGUUUUUUUUAAUGGUGAUUAGUUUAUGUAAUUUCAGAUUAUUAGUAUGUCUUGUGAGGCGAUUAUGUGUAUAAGUCUAAAUUGAGAAUGGAUUUCUAUAAUUAAGUUGUUCUUUAUCGAAA